AUUUCUUCGGUUUGCCGCAGGAUUUGGAGACUGCAAGUACAAAAUGAAUGUUCUGUUGCUUUCCUGGAUCGGAAUUCUCUCGCUCUGCUUGAGUGGCAGUCUGAAAGGAGCUACUGCUAUCAAAUGUUACCAGUGCUCAUCGGCAGAAGAUGCCAAGGGUGAGGACUCUUGUGGAGUGUACGAAGGCUUUGACGAAUCCAAGAAUGAUCCUGUUGAAUGUACCAGCGAUGAAUCGGUUACUCCCGGAACGUUUUGUGUGAAAAUUACGAAACAGAGUCCGCGUGGGUUCAUAUGGGAUGGUCGUUGGCGUCAAGUUAUUCGUCGUUGUGGAUCAGUGUCCGAAGUUGGUGUGACUGGUGUUUGCAACUGGGGUCUAGAUGAAAAUUCAGUUUAUUGGGAAGAGUGCUAUUGCAGUGAAGAUGCGUGUGUGAAAUUUUACUACCAUCGCUCGAUGGCCGUCUUCAGUUCUUUGAGGUCUUCUUCGAAAGUGCUGAACAGCGCCAUUGUAAAGAAGUUUCUUCAGUCACCCCAGUGCUCAAAAGAUGUUCGUCGGAACAGUGGCCAUCUUAUGAUAACUGCAUCACGUUGGCAAUGGACGAAGUCGAAAGAUCUAAUGCAUUUUUACCUUUUCGUCGGUCUGAUCCCUGUGACAAUCGCCAUAACGGCGCUCAACGUCUUCGUCGGCCCUGCGACACUUUCGGAAAUCCCGGAAGAUUAUGAACCCGAGGAAUACGAAUAUUACGAAAGUCCGGUGACCAGAUUUUUGGUCAAGAACUUCGGCCGAACCUACCAGGAGGAUUAUGAGCGUACUCUUCACUUCGUCAACAGGAUCCGGGAUAGGGGCAUGCUGCGAAAAACGCAAACGGAAGUGGAAGACUUUAUGCAGCAGCGUAAUGAUUACAAAGCCUAUUAUUAUCGGCCUGUGCUUGCGAAGUUCUGGCGAGCCACUCGAGAAGAUGCAGAAUUUGUUCAUUUCGUCCGUGGAGAGCAGUGAGUUUGGUGCAAUAUUCUUGUUGGACGGCGUCGUCGAAGGUUUACCGUAGUUCCACGGUGAAGUGUCUUUCGCUGUGUUCCCUGUCCCAUGUGCUUCUGGUACCUUGCUGGAGGAUAGUAAAGUGUAACUCAUGUAUUUGUA